UCCAUGAUCCCUCGUAGUAGUUUACGUUGAUCAACGCUUAAUAAUGUUAAAUGAAAGGGUGGUGUGAUUGUAUUGUCAAGUUCUCGUUAGCGCGUCUUCUUGUUGAUAUUUGUAAGCUACUCCGAGAUCGCUUUAGAGGAUCGGUUGAUAAGACGAUAAGGUCGUCACACGUCCCGUUACGUUCGGGUUGUAGAAACGCAGUUUCUUCUUCCGCGGGAAGAAAAGAGAGAGAGAAAAAAGAAGCGAAACUCUCGUCGCCGAUGGCUCUCGCUUUGAACUGACGGAGCGUAGAGUGACGCGGACGCUACGCGUAUAAUAUUUAUCUGUUGAGUCUUUUCCCCACUCGGCUUCACCGGUUUUCUGUCCGUCCUCCCUUUUACCGCUUCUUCCGUUCAACACAUCUUCCCUCCCUCUCUUCUUCGGAACGCUUACGCUCGCGUUUACGUUCUUGGUGCCCCACCUUCAGCUCCGCCAAUCACCUUCGUCGUUUCGUGUGGAUUUGUGCGACGCGUAAAAGGAAAGCUUAGGAGGAAAUUCACGAACAGCAAUGUUGGGAACGGUGUCACCGGCCAAUAUUCAUGUAGAGGAGACCCUGGCGACCCUUCGAUAUGCGUGUCAGGCUCGAGCUAUAGUUAAUCGAAUCCGCAUCAAUGAAGAUCCGCACGACCGGCUAAUUCGCGAAUUAAAGGCUGAAGUACUACGUUUACGAGGGGUACGCGAAGGAUAUGAGAAGCAGUGUGGAGUUGUUCCUCGUCAGUUACUUCAUCGUUUCGACUCGAAGGAUCAAUGGGGAAGAGAUAUCAUCCGACAACAAAAGGAAAUUGACAAACUGAAAGAUCAAUUGAAAAAAACGGAAGAGCAGUUGGCAGUUACUCAGAUGAGUUCGCGCGAAAAGUUAGAAAGAGCUGAAGAGAAGAAAAGCUCGGAGCUCAAAUAUUUACGUCGUUGCGGAGUCGCCAUUGAGAUUGAUUUCCAAGAGCGAGAUAAGCAUCCGUGUCUCGUAAAUCUCACGGCAGAUCCUAUGUUAUCUGGUACACUUUUGUAUAUCAUACCUCCAGGUUUGAUUCGUAUCGGAAAGAAUGCUCCGACGCAUAAAUUCGAAGCCACUUUUAAACAACUGGAUAUCCUAUUGGAUGGACCUCUUGUUAGAGAAUUGCAUUGUGCUAUUGAAAAUGACGGAAAAAAAUUAAUUUUGACACCCGAGAAGGGCGCAGACACUUAUGUCAAUGGACAGAUGGUAACUGGAAGAAUUAUGCUUAAUCAUGGUGAUCGCAUAGUCAUCGGCGGUAAUCACUAUUUUAAAGUCUUAAAUCCAUUUGAUGAAUCCUACAACGUCAAGCGUUCCACACAAGCGAUAGAUUUUGAAUUUGCGCACCAAGAAAUUCUCCAAAUACAAGAGAAAAAAUUAAGAGCUGAAUUGGAAGAGUCCAAACAACAAGCAAUAAAGGAACUCGAAAAUGCGAAGCGCGAAGUGGAAUGGCAACUCGGUUCGCAAAAAUCAACGUACGAGCGGGAGAUUGAAGUUCUUGGUUCUACUCUAAAAGAGCAAAAUCAGGCACUCGAACAAAUUAAUCGUAGAAAAAAGGAGCUAGAAUUAGAAAAAGAAUUACUCGUUAAGGAAGUUGAAGUCAAUAAUAAGAUUAAAAAAAUACGGUUGGAACAAAGUCAUGCAAAAUUAUCACCGUAUAAAUCGAAUUUCCUGCAAGAACUUGAGAGUAUUUUGAGUGAGAAAACUGCGGACAUUGAGAAUGUGCUAAAGACGAAACUUAACGGAGAAGCUAUAACUGCUGGUGGAAUCAGUCUACAUGAGAUGCAAAUACUUGUUAAGGAAGCGACUCAACGAUGUCAAGAAGCUGGAUAUCUUUAUGUGAGAAUUUAUCUUAUAACAAUUAUACAGGAUGUUGAUUUUAAAUGAUAUGGUCGAUUAUCUCGCGAAUUGAUGAUUUUAUUGAAAAAUUUUUUGAAUGAAAGUUGCAAGGCUUGAAGGGGGGACACAUGAUGGAAAUGUGGACUUGACCUUGUCAAAAUCAAAUCAAAAUCAUUAAUGUUUUUUUACAUGGAAACCUCUAUUUUUUAUUACAUA